GUACCAAGGUUCUUGCUCUCGCAAAUAGUGGUGACAUUGAACAAAGUGAUAAGAUACUCCGCCUCAAAAACACGUACUACAUAAGCAAUGCUGCUGCCAUGCCUAACCAAGUAUAGUGGUGAUCCCCCAUCCGCAAACUAUAAUUACAUUUAGAUGUAGAGUAAAAAGACUUGGAUUGAGGCAGCCCCAAAAUCAGAAAAAAUUCAGGCAACAAAUGAGACAGACACUAUCCUCACACAAUUCUUUGACUUCUAUGACUUAUGCGGUUCUAAAACCCCAAUCUAUUUCAUGGCCAUUGUGAUUCAGAGAAUGCCCAAAGAGUAUGUCUCCGUUCCUGGACAUGCCAAAACCGCACAUGAUUUCAUGCUUGUGAAUGAAGAGGUUCAUGCCGAGUCUUGUUUAUUGGCUGGAACUUGGCGGUGCUUUCAACAAAAUAGAAAUUUCAAUGCCUCCACCGAUCAACAAAAAGGAAAUUUCACCAUGUACCCGUAUUGGUUUUCCUCUUUUUGUCAGAUAUCUCCCAAAAACAAUUGGCUUAAUAUGAACUGCUGCACUCUAAUCAAAACCACACUAUUACAAAUAGGUGCUUAAGGCCAUGUGACAUUCAAAUUCCACUAAACCGGGCUAUAUUUACCAUGUCAAAUGCCACAGACAAUGGUUGGUCUUCAUUCUUGAAGCCUGUUAAUGUCAUAUUCAUUGCUUUUGUACUUAUUCACAAUUUUUAAACAUGGGAAUAGCUGAAUGCACCCCUGCAAUUGGUGUUUGGGUUAGGUUCUGGGCAGGGAUUUUGUUUCUUACUUUGGGGAUUGGACCUGAUUUUGGGUUUGGUUUUGGGUUAGGUUCUAGGUUGACUUUUAACUUUAGUGUUUGACAAUCAAAUUUGCGUUAGGUUUGCGGGUGCAACCCGUUGGAUUUUAAUUUUUAGGUCAGACUCUAGGUCGUGUUUUGAGUUAAGGCAAUUGCGUUUUACUGUCUUGUUUUUUGUUGUGGUUCUAAAUACUAUCAAAAUGUUGUGGUUCUAAAUACUAUCAACCUCAGAUUUCCAGAUUCUAGGCGUUGCGUAUCAGAUGUGCAGAUUUCCUGUAUGAUUGAAUCGUCUUCUCUGAUUCCUCGUCUUGUAUUUAUGGAUCCUUCCCUUAAUAAUCCCCUGCCAAUUAUUUCAGCAUGUAAGUUGGGCUAUUUAUAUUUGAUUUUGGGAGAUGGGAUGAGACACCAUCUCCAAGAUUCCCCCUAGGUAUAUUCUUAUGAGUUCUUUGGCUUGUUCUUCUCUUUGUUGUUUGUUUCUAUGGGCUGAACCUGCAACAGUUUGGAAAAUUAUUCUUUAGGUAAUUUAAAUUCCAUGAAUUCAAGAGUGCUCAAAUUCAGAUGUGUAUUCUUCGCACAUUACUUCCUUUGAACAUUCUGCUUAAUAACUUGCAAGGUUUUGACUAUAAAGAAUACAUUUUUUAGCAGUUUUUAAAUUAUGACCUGUUUUUUACGUCUUUGUCAUCCUGUUUGGAACUGAAAAAUGAGAGGUGUGCCAUGUGAUUUUUUAAAUUUCAAGGCUAUAAAGUAAGGAGUGAGUGGGAGUGAGUGUUGGACUCUGGUAAAGGUUAGGAGUGAGUGUUGGACUCUUGAAAUCCAUUAUGCAAAUGGGUUAGAAUGGUUGGGUAUACACAAUUCUUUUCCCACAUUUCCUGAACCUAAAACAAGAUAACUUACAAUUUAACAUCAAUUUUUCAAAGUUGGGAGAUUUAAAGUAUUCUAUGUUUCUUAUGGAUUUGAAUUGUUUUGUUUUUUUAGACUUGGGUAUAAUGACCAUAUCACAUUUAAAAAUAUUGAACCAGCAUGUUUAGAGGUGUGAAAAAAAUACAGUAGCAAUUUCAAGUCUAAAGGGUAUGAACACAGAGUCUUUGAACUCCCUUUAUGGGUUAAAAAUCUAAAAUCAUAAAUCAUUUUUUGUUCUGAACUAUGUUUAACUUUCUCAAUUUCCAGUUUAUUUUAUCAUAUUAGGUUGUGGUGUCAUACCUAGGUUCACAAUAUGUGUCUUCCUUCAACGAUCUUUUAGUUUUAAUUUUUGUGACCCAACACGAAAACAAACCCAAAGUCUAAACCCAAAACUCAAAACCCAACCAACGAGCCCCAAAAACCAGCACCAAAACCCAGCCUAAAUUAUUAAUUUUAGUGACCCGACAACCCAGAUACAAAACCCCAUCGCAAAGAUAGACCCAAACUCUUAAUCCUAAAGUCAAAUGACAACAAAAAGGAAUGGACAUGGAAGGUGGAAUGAUCAGUGGAAUAAAUGACAACAAAAAGGAAUGGACAUGUAAGGUUAGAGUUGUGGAGAAACGGAACAUCAAAGACUCAAGGACGAGCCCUAACAAGUACAGACCUUUUAUAUUGCAGGAUGAGGAG